CUUGACGUCAUGUCCUGAAUCUAAAUUUUACGCCAUAUUGAAUAGGAAUCAGGGCACUGGCUUCCGAUUCCAAUGUCAUCGGAAGCUAAGAACCUUGAAUUUGAUUAGAAAUUACUAAAUUUGCGAAGUAUAUAUACUAAAGUUCAUUUGAGGGUGUAUAUUUUUGUGCCGCAAUGGCUGGCAAUGGAGCGGAUAUACAGUGGUGUUUCUCUCAAGUGAAAGGUGCUAUUGAGACGGAAGAUAUUACUGAAGCUGAUAUAAUAUCUUGUGUGGAGUACAACAAUACAGGCGAUCUUCUGGCUACUGGUGACAAAGGGGGACGAGUAGUUAUAUUCCAGCGGGACAAAGCAGGAAAGGUAUCUGUACCACGUCGUGGGGAAUAUAAUGUAUACAGCACUUUCCAGAGUCAUGAGCCAGAAUUUGAUUACCUGAAAAGUUUAGAAAUAGAAGAGAAGAUCAAUAAAAUCAGAUGGUUGAAAAGAACAAACCCAGCAAACUUUUUACUCUCUACUAAUGAUAAAACUAUCAAGUUAUGGAAGGUUACAGAGAGGGACAAAAGACCAGAAGGAUUCAACCUGAAAGAUGAAACUGGCAUAAUGAGAGAUUCUACCUCUAUAACAUCACUAAGAGUCCCCAUCUUCAAGCCCAUGGAACUAAUGGUGGAGGCUAGUCCUCGUAGAAUAUUUGCUAAUGCUCAUACCUAUCACAUCAACUCUAUAUCAGUUAACAGUGACCAGGAAACUUAUUUGUCUGCUGAUGACCUUAGGAUUAACCUUUGGCACAUGGAGGUCACAGAUCAAAGCUUCAAUAUUGUUGAUAUCAAGCCUGCCAAUAUGGAGGAGUUGACAGAAGUGAUAACAGCAGCUGAGUUCCACCCCCUAGAAUGUAACUUAUUUGUAUAUAGUAGUAGUAAAGGAACAAUCAGGCUUUGUGAUAUGCGUCAACAAGCACUAUGUGAUAAGCAUGCCAAAUUAUUUGAGGAACCAGAAGACCCCACAAAUAGAAGUUUUUUCUCAGAGAUUAUAUCUAGUAUAUCUGAUGUUAAAUUUAGUCAUAAUGGUCGCUACAUGGUGACUAGAGACUAUUUGUCUGUUAAAGUAUGGGACCUGCAAAUGGAUACAAAGCCAAUAGAAACAUAUCAAGUUCAUGAAUAUUUACGAAGUAAAUUAUGUUCCUUAUAUGAAAAUGACUGUAUAUUUGACAAGUUUGAGUGUUCAUGGAGUGGUGAUGACAGGAACAUUAUGACUGGGUCAUACAACAAUUUCUUCAGAAUGUUUGACAGGGAGAGUAAGCGUGAUAAUACUUUAGAGGCCAGUAGAGAAAAUAUGAAACCUAGGACAAUUCUCAAACCAAGAAAAGUUUGUACGGGUGGAAAACGGAAAAAAGAAGAAAUUAGUGUCGAUUGUUUAGACUUCAAUAAGAAAAUUCUUCACACAGCUUGGCAUCCAAAUGAGAAUAUCUUAGCAGUAGCAGCCACAAAUAAUUUGUACAUUUUCCAAAGUAAAGAUUGAUGUGAAUAAGACGCAUAGUUAAAAUUUCAAAAGUGCUGAUACUACUUGAAGGACCAAGGUCCAUAAGUGCUACUGGACAUAAGUGCUAACAUCGAUGGUGAGAGUUCUUCCAUAGUCUACUUAAGAGUCAGUUGGUGUCACUCCAGAUAUUGACAGAUAAGCUGUAAAAUGAAUGGAUGUUUUGUAUUUUUUCAAACAAUUUUAUAAAUGAUAAUGUGAACAAUAGUCAUAUAUAUUGUAACAAGUUGGACCCCAAAUAUAUGUGAUUAUUUUCUUACAGCUGCUGGUCUGCUGUUCCUCAAAUAAUAUUUGCCAAAGAAUUGUAAAGUUGGUUGAGUUCUGUGACUGUGCAAUAGUAUUGUGUGUGUUCAGAUAAACUCAACUGUAAUGCUCAAGCCUAGUCAGUAAACAACUUAGGUUUAUACGUUGCUUAUUUAGAAUUUUCAUUUAUGAAAGCUUCCAGUAAGGUCCAACUUUGUUCCUCAAAUAAAUCUUACAUUAAAUUUCACCUUCAAAUAAUUCUGAAUAAGCUCUUCUGUCUCUUUAUAAUUGGAUUAUUCUAAAAAUAUAUUUAAAGUUAAGAUUCCGGAGAUUGAUGGCAGAAUUAGACGAAAUGGCAACUACUUGGUGCAGAUGAAACACAUAAUAUAUAAAAAAAAAAAAAAAAAAAGUUGGUGCAAGUAUGAGGGUGAAAAAUAUUUUUUAAACAGAUCAUUCAUUUCUCAUGUACGAUGUAGUUAGUAUUUAAUAUAAAACUACAGAUUUAGUGCUCUCAAUAUAUCAAUAAUAAUAGACCACUCUAAACAACAUCUAUAAUGUCUAACUGGUGUAUGUGAAUGGUUGUAAACCAACUACCUGGUUAAUUAAUUCUCCCAUUAAAGUUGGGAGACAUAUUGCAACUGUCAUCCCCAACCACUGCCGUUAGAAAAUAUUCAAUUGUCUUGGAAAAUGUGUGGGGUUUCUGCACGUAAACUAUAUAUUUUUUGUUAGACAUGGCAAGGUGAAUUGAAGGAUAUAUAUUGGGUCAUUCCUUGGCCUGGGGGUAUUUAUAUUUAGGGGGGUCUUGGGAGACUAUCUUUUAUCUUUUAAUCAUUACUUCAUUUUGUAUUUAUUUUCAAACUGACAAAACUUGCCAUUAACUAAAUAUUGAAUUCCUGGAAAAGCAUUUUAUGCCUUGUCAUAAGGUGGAAAAGUCUUGCAUGGUGUACUCCUUUUGUUGGUAUAUCUUCUGUGGCGAAGAACUGUCUUCUAACCCUGUGUAUCUUUAUUGUAUCUUCAUAAUUCUAUCGUUAUCAACAUCCUCGUUCUGCAUUCUGAUAGGUCAUCGUGAUCUACAAUGCAUUCCCCAAAAAAAUACAUUUAUGUUUGAAGUACUUUGUUGUAAUAACUACCCAUGAAAAACAAGUGUUUUAUUGACAAAUCAUUCUUUAGUACUAAAAAAAAAAGAUUUUUACAUAUCAUUUGUUACAUAAAGUAGUCUGUACUUUCUAAAUUAAAUGUCUAAAGUUUUACUGUCAGACUGUCUUGUCUUGCCUGUAAAAUACCAUGGGUUAUCUCCCUUAGAUUUCAGGUAUUUGUGAUUUAUUUAUAACAUUCCAGGAAUAGAAACAACAAAGUUAACUGUUAAAUGUCUACCCUAUAUUAGGCCUUGGUAUACAAUUCUGGGGUACCAUUAAAUUUUGAAAUGCUAAAUGUGCCACUAGGAUUGAUUAGGUUCCACUAAUUAUGUAUCUGAGAUUAACAAUAAUGAUCAUGUACCUGAUUGUGAGAGUAUUGUUAUAUUUAUGUGAACAAAUAUGUUUUUUGUUGAAAAGUAUUAUUUUUUAUGUCAAACAAUAAAAUUGCAAAAAAAAAAUUAAUAAAAAAUCUGAAGUAUA